AUGGAUGCCGCCGCCCGCGUCCGCGUCCGCGUCCGCCUCCUCCUGCUUCUCGCGCUCCCCCUGGGCCUCGGCUGCAGCAACAAUGGCGCCCGAUGCUCCUCGGCGCAGACGACGCUGCUGCCGGAGCAAGAAGGUGAGCCACAGCACCGGACGCCACGCCCUUCGCCGUGGUCGACGUCGCCGCUCUCCACGUCGUGCUCAUCGACGCCGCGCGCUACUACGCCGUGGCGCGGGAGAGCUGCGGGGGUUCACCGCGGGGAUCUGCCCACGGUCUGCGUCGGCGUGGAACUCGCGCCGGAUGUUGAUGGUGGCCGCAGCGGGAACUGGCGCAGGUUCACGACGAGCACGCGGUCGAAGGCCUUGGUGGUGGUGUUAGCCACGGCGGGGUGCAGCGCGCUGCGCUCCGCGGGCGACGGCGGCGCCCGUGCCCAGCUGGAUCAGCGCCAUGCCGCGGCCCCAGUCCCGCCACCCGCCGUUGAGCCACGCGCCCGCCCUGUCGGCCCAUGCCCCGUCUGCCGACGAGUAGGUGUGCACCGCGCGAACCGAGUCCAUGUCGUCGAGACAGAACUGGAGCAGGUGGAACACGUGCAGCGACAGCGACGCCGACUCCGCGGCGGCGGCGCCGUCGAAGAGCAGGUAGGUGAGCGCCGUCCCAGAGACGUUGACGAACCGUCGGGUGGUCUUCUUCACCUCCGGGAGCGUGGCGAGCCCGGCGACGCGGCUGCGUGGCGGGUCUGUGGGAGCGCGGGCAGGCUGCAGAGGCGGCGCGACGUGCAGGCGCGGAUCCGAGUGAGGCGGUAUGGACAGAGGACGACGCGGACGUCCCGGGGGCAGGGGCCGCACGCGAACACGCAGCCGAUCUCAGUUGAAGCACUCAAAGGAAUAGCCCACAAGCUUAACAAAGCAGAUUGGGAUUUUAGCGUGGAUCCAUGCAGCGGAUCAGGAAAUUGGGUCAAUGUCACUGGUUCGCUUAGCAAUAAUGCGAAGUUUAGCAGUAAUGUGACAUGUGACUGUUCAUUCAACAACCACACCGAGUGCCAUGUUAUCAGCUUGGAGCUUAUGCGGCAGAACCUUAGUGGAGUUCUACCAGAUGAAGUUGUCAAUCUUACUUAUCUGCAAAAUCUUGACUUGUCACGCAACUUCAUUCAAGGACCAAUUCCAGCUUCAUGGGCUGACCUACCUGUUUUUAAUCUGUCUCUCCAGGGAAAUCGCAUAUCUGGAACCCUACCGAAGGAGCUUGGGCGCAUGCCCAAGUUGAAAUCUAUACAGUUAGAAGGCAAUCAGCUUGCGGGUUCUAUUCCACCAGAGCUGGGUAACAUCAUCAGUCUGCAGAGAUUUUUCAUUUCUGCGAAUAACAUCACAGGAGAGUUGCCCACAACCUUUUCCAAACUGACAAACAUGACAGAUUUUCGUGUUGAUGGGAACAGUAUCUCAGGGAAAAUACCUAGUUUCAUAAAGAACUGGCAGGGCGUCAACAGAAUCGAUAUGCAGGGUACCUUGAUGAGUGGGCCUAUUCCUCCAGAAAUUUCCUUGUUGAAGAACUUGACAGAAUUGAGGGUGACUGAUUUGAGUGGACCAAGAAUGAAAUUUCCUCCCUUACAAAAUGCACUACACCUUACGGAAGUGGUCUUAAGAAAUUGCUCCAUAUAUGGUGAAAUUCCUUCUUACCUUGGCCAAAUGCAGUACCUGAAAGUCUUGGAUUUAAGCUUCAACAAGUUGACUGAUAAAGUUCCAGUAAAUUUUGGAGCAAUGAUGGCACUACAAUAUUUGUACCUGACUGACAAUAUGCUGACUGGAGAUUUGCCUGCUUGGAUGUUGAAAAAUAAGGCGAGCAAUAAAGUAAACAUGGAUAUAUCAUAUAAUGACUUCACAGGCAACCCUCCAUCUGAAUGUCAGCAAGCAAAUGUAAAUAUGGUGUCAAGCUUUUCAUCUUCAAAUAACAAUUCAUUGCAACCAUGUUUAAGAAAGAAUCUUCCUUGCACAACCAGACCACGCCAUUCCUCCCUGUUCAUCAACUGUGGCGGAAAAAGUGUUGUGAUCGAUGGGAAUACCUUUGAGGAUGACUCGUCUCAGAUAGGAACAUCAAUGUUUUCUGUGUCUGAUGAUAAGAAAUGGGCAUAUAGUAGCACUGGUGAUUUUGUGGGCAAUGAGAAUGCUGACUACAUUGCUAGAAACACAUCAAAGCUAAAUCUGGCUGACCCGGAGCUUUACACUGAAGCUCGCCUCUCACCUCUGUCACUGAAAUACUAUGGCCUUUGCAUGGAGAAUGGUGAAUAUAUGGUAAAACUUCACUUUGCUGAAAUUGUGUUCACAGAAGAUCAUACUUAUUCCAGCAAUGGCAAGCGUGUUUUCGAUGUCUUCAUCCAGGGUGUCAAAGUUUUGGAGGAUUUUAACAUCAAAGAUAAGAUUGGUGGUGUCCAUCGUGCGAUCAUCGAAAGUUUUGCAACCAACAUUAGCGACAAUACACUGGAAAUCCACUUCUACUGGGGAGGCAAAGGCACCACAGCGAUACCUUACCGUGGCGUGUAUGGUCCACUGAUCUCAGCCAUAUCAGUGACAAAGAUGGGCAGGAACCACCGUGGAGUCUCUACUGGAGUGGUGGUUGCCAUAGUAAUAGCUGCGGCAUGCUUGGCUGUUAUAGUUCUGAUAGCUUUAUAUUUCAAAGUCUUCCGAAAGAAGAAUAUAAAAGAAAACAGUAGACAGUUCUUUUACCAAGGAAGGAAAACUACUACUUCGGAGCUUCAAACACGGGCACAGUAUUUCUUUAGUUUGGAAGAGAUCGAAUCUGCAACAAAACAUUUUGAUCCCGCAAAUAAAAUAGGUGAGGGUGGCUUUGGACCUGUUUACAAGGGCACACUAGCAAAUGGUACUAUAGUUGCAGUUAAAAAGCUAUCUUCAAAGUCGAGCCAAGGAAACCGCGAGUUUUUAAAUGAGAUAGGAAUAAUAUCUGCUCUAAGGCAUCCAAAUCUUGUGAGGCUCUUUGGUUGUUGUAUUAAUGGGGAUCAGCUCCUUCUUAUAUAUGAAUUCUUGGAAAAUAAUAGUCUUGGCCGUGCACUUUUUGUCAAAUCGCUUAACCUUCUAAAGGAGUUGCUACUACAACUGUAUAACAAUUUCUUCUGCUUAAUGAAAGUUCAUGCUGAAAGAUUGAAGCAGCAAGGGAAGCUGCUGGAAAUGGUGGACCGGCGUCUCGGUUCUGACUACUCCCAAGAACAGGCACUGAGGCUGCUGAAUGUAGCUCUCCUCUGUACAAGCACACAACCAACCCAGCGGCCAAGAAUGUCUUCGGUCGUGAAGAUGCUUCGUGGCGAGAUCCCCAUCGAGAUUGUACCUGCUGACGAUGAUCUAAGUGAAGAUCUACGACUCAACAUCGCUCAAUCCCAGCACUCAAUAAAUAACAGCCAAACAAAUUGGUCCCAGCACUCAGUAAAUAACAGCCAAACAAAUUGGUCUGAAACGCCUUCAAGCGAUCCUUCGGUCUUGCCCCACAGCAGCAAGGACAGUGGCUACCUCCCAUCUUCGAGCUCCUUUUCUGUGAAGCUGUGA